AUCUAUACAUAUAAUAUAAAUUGAAAAAUGAAAUAUUUUUUACUUUUCAUGUUAAUGGUGACCUUAAAAGUUAGCUUAUGUCAUUAUGCGCAAUAUAAAAAGUGCUCCCAUUCUCGUUAUUUUCUAAAUUUUUUUAAUCAUAAUGAAAAAUUUUUGUUAAAAUUCGAAAAAAAUAAAGAAUAUUUAACAAUAGAAAAUCUAAUGAACUAUGGAAAGGCACUUCAAACUCACAAUAAAGUAAUUAUUAUGUUUUUGGAUGACUUGAUGAACAGUUCUAAAAAGUUUUCUUUUCCUUUGAUUACGGUAAAUAUGUACUUAAAUAACGUUUCUGGUCAUUUAAAUAUGAUUGCUCAAAAUGAUGAUGAUGAAAAAAAUAAUGCUAAUAAUUUAUUAGAAGGCUAUAAGAUGAUACAUUUCGCAGUUAAAGAACAACUGACAGAUUACAUAUAUAAACAUUGUAAAAACAUUCCAUUCGUUGAAAAAACUGUUAGUUUCAAUCCUCCAAUUGGUAAAAACGAAUAUACUACUACGAAUCUAAUGACUAUAAAUAAUGAAUUCAAGGAUAAAAUAUUGACCAAAUUUGAGUUAACAUCAGAAAGGAAUUCAUACGAGUGUAUUCAUCCAGAAAAUAUUUUGUUGUACGAUAUAAUGACCCAACAGAUUCUCACCAAUAAAAAUAAUAUUAUAAAAAUAGAUAAUAAUCAACACAUAAUAUUAAAUCUACUUCGAUUCACUCCACUUAACUUUAAAUGCUCUAAUGGUACUCGUUUAACUAUACAAGAUGUAUUUGAGUAUAUAAAAUAUGAUUUUAAUUCCAGGGAUGUUUUAAUGUAUAUGAAAUUGGUAAUUGGGGCUACGUUUCGACCAAUAGCUAUUCUUAUUCGCAACUUUUUAACUCUAAUUCAAGUCGCAUCUUCAGAUAAUUCAGAUUGUGUAAAAUAUUGGUUAAAACCGAAUUUUAUUGGCAUGGGUCAAAAAAUAGAACAAUAUGUAUUAACAUUCAUUUCUAUCGGCAUGUUAAUUUUGAAAAAGUCAUUUAUGAUAAAUGACGUCUUAUAUGGAUUUAAUAAAGCCUUAAACAGUUAUAUUUAUCAAACAAAGUUAUCCGAAAUUGAUAUCAAAUAUAAUAAUGAAUUAAUUAAAUUACUUUCGAAAUUCUUCAUCAAUAAUAGAUUAUACUUCACAAGUGAUAUAGCUCUAACAAAUAAAAAUAUAACUCAAAAUAAUGCUGAUAAGAUUAAAAAUGAAUUUGAAAAUAUCAUUAAAAAAGUUGAUAUCUAUAUAAACGAUUUGAAUAAAUGGAAAAAAUCUUUGGAGUUUAUUGUAAGAACUUUUAAGAUUAAAUCUUUUAAUGUUUCAACUUUUAAGGAUUUUAUUAAUUUUAAAGUUUUAGGAUUCGUUGCAUUGUCGUCGGUCUUACAAUAAAGAUAAAUAAAGUAAUCCAACAAUAUGAUAACUAACAAAAAAAAAAAAAAGUACCAUAAUGGCGAUGUUGCAUAGUUGGACUAGUAUAAAUAUUAUCUGAUAGUAAUUAAAAUCACUAUCAUAAGAAACGCAUCAAUGCAAUUCUUUUGAUAGCGCAAAUAAAAGUAUAAAAAAUCUAAUUAAGCAAUAUAAUGUAAUCUAACUAUAAAGAAAAAUUUUCUUUCGAAAUCGCUAUCAUUUGGUUGACUAAAGCAAAUAUUUGUAAUUUAUGCACUUUUAAAAUCGUCAUUUUAUUUCUUUUAGAUCGCAUUUGUAAUACUGAAUCACAUUCUGAAAUAUACAAUGUUAGUAAGAAUGAUAAAAAUAAUAUUGAAAUAGGAUAUUAUGAAGAUGUAAAUAAUGUAGAAGAUGAUGUUACAAAUUUUAACUUAAAGGAUCUAAAAGAUGAAUAUAACAAUAUCGAUACAAUUGAUUCCUUAGAAUGUCAUACGAAUUAUAAACCUCUUUAUAUGAUCGAUUAUUGGCCAUACAAUGAGUAAAAUGAAAUUUGUUUGAAAUUGUUAUUAUAAUAAAUACUAAACAUAAUCGAUACUUAUUUACAAAGCUUUUAUUUUUUUUUCAAUUUUAGCAAUACAAGGUGAAUAUUUUAAUACGAUAAUCACUUUGUUUGUUUUAAA